AUGGAGACAAAAGUUCAUAAAUUUAGAUUUUACAAUCCUAAACCCAUAUCGAUUCAGUGUGUUUCCUAUGAAAAACGUCUUAAACUUCUAGCUGUAGCUAGAAAAGAUGCAUCAAUUGAGAUAUGGGAUGUCAACUAUUCUCCCUAUCUAAUUCAAGUUAUUCCUGGCGCAGAAAAUGCUUCAGUAGAAGCGCUGGCUUGGGUUAACAACAGACUACUCUCUACAGGACUUGGAGGGGCUCUAGUUGAAUGGGAUCUGGAGUACUUAUCUAUAAAAAAUAGUGUUAUGCUUACUGGUUUUGCAGCCUGGUGUUUAGAUGUUGAUAAUACAAAAACUUUAGCAGCGGUUGGAACUGAACAAGGCUAUGUUAAUUUGUAUUCUGUUAGUGAUGGCAAUAUUGAGUAUAAGAGACUAUUUGACAAACAAGAAGGGAGAAUAUUGUGUUGUAAAUUUAACAAAACUGGCAAUAUCCUUGUAACAGGAUCCAUAGAUACAAUUAGAUUAUGGAAUGCAAACACAGGACAUGCUACAUGCCGUAUUUCUUGCAAUCGCAGAGGUAGAGAAGUGAUUGUUUGGGAUAUUGGAAUAUUAUCUGACAAUACAAUUGUGUCUGGUGAUAGUUUGGGCCGUCUUACCUUCUGGGAUGGUAAUACAGGCGAUCAGGUUGAAAGUUUCUUAAGUCACAAGGCUGACAUAUUGUCAUUAGUGAUAUCCGAGGAUGAGACAUAUUUGUACUGCAGUGGGAUAGAUCCAGUAAUAAAUAUGUUUAAGAAGAUUGUCAACGCAGAUAAUCCAUCUGAAACAAGAUGGGUGAAAAAUAUACAAAGAAACAUUCAUGAACAUGAUGUGAGGGCUCUUGUAAUAAAUGAUCGAAGAUUAAUAUCACUAGGAGCAGAUGGGUAUGUUACUCUAUCCAGUUACCCACCAAAAGAAGUUAUGAGAAUACCGCCUAUGAUACCUAUGCCUCGGACGUCUGUAUCUGCAGCAAAGAAGUUACUUCUUUUAAGAUAUAAUAAUCAUCUUGAAAUUUGGAAGCUUGGUUCUUAUGCGACUGAUGACAAUGGUCAAGUUAUAAUAAAUGCUGGAAUUAAACAACGUCCGAACAAACAUAAUAACAAAGAAAUAGAAAAGGAUACAGAAUUACCGAUCAUAUCCAAAAGCAAGUUUGAGGAAAGAGAAAAGAGUCUAGAAAUAACAGAAGAACCAAUAAAGAUGGCCUCGAUUUUGGCAAAAUCUAAGAAACAGAUUUUGUGUUGUGACAUAUCUCCAAGUGGCGAAUUUAUCGUGUAUUCUACGGAUACUCAUGUGCGAAUGUUAAAAAUGGAUGAGGACCAGGGCAACGUAUCGCUUCAAAAGCUGAACGUGAAUGAAUUGAAGAGCUGUAAUCGAGUGUUGUUCUCGGAAGACUCACAAAUGAUGGUCGCGAGUCGGGCGAGCGAUCUGUUCGUACUUCACGUGGACGUCGACGUUGGGGCUACAUUGCAACAAAAGAUACCUACGCGGAAGUAUUUAAAAGAAGGAUCAAUCCUGCACAUCAUACUCUCCACCCAAACUCCAAAUGGUAUCUACCUGGCUGCGGCCAACACAACGGGCGAAAUAGCAGUAUGGCUUAAGAAAACCAAGAAGUUUGAAUAUCUGCUCAAUCUACCCAAAUAUCAUUGCGUGCCUUGUGCUAUGGUUAUACACGAUAUGAUAUUAUUCAUAAGUUACGUUGAUCAAGAGUUCAUGCAGUAUGAUCUUGCUGAGCAGAAGCUGAUGGGAUCUGGGUCCAAGUCGAUUCCGUGUUGGGGUCAACGCAAGAUGGCCGCUCAUAGCAUUGUCCCACACCCCACGAGAGAAGCGUUAUUGUUUACUGACGAAACCGCUCUUUGGGUGCUCGAUAAACAUAAGAUUCCAGAGUAUUAUGAACCGGAAGUGAAGAGAAGACCCGAUAUAGAAUCGUCGAGCCGAGUCAAUAUCAUGCCCGUAAAGUAUUUGGCUGGCUUCCACUGGUUGACAAAUAGUGAGGCAGUGUUAAUCGAAAUUUUGCCUGAAAAGAUUGUGAUGCAAUUGCCGCCGAUUAUGCAUAAAAAGAAACACAAUAUGGUGAUAUCGAAAUAA